CAAUCCACCCCCCGUCAUCGCAAGUCUGCUCAUUCAGACAUCGCUGCUGAAAGCCCUAUGGAGAGAUGAGAACCCUUUCGGAUACAAGACAGAGAUGGAAUACCCUGUUUCGCGACAAUGCUACGCCCUCCGCCCUCCGAGAUGCGAUCAAAUCAGAACAAGGAGACAAGUUAUGCAAUGACGGAUUGAGGUCUGUCUGCUGGAAGGCGUUCCUUCUGUUCGACGAUCUCAAUCGCUCACAAUGGCCACGAAGGACAUCCGAGUCGCGGGACGCAUAUACCGCGCUGAAAGCGCACUAUCUGAAAUACAUUGAGCAUCCAGAUGAUUUACCGUCAACAAUCGACCCACUAGCGGAUGAUGCAGAGUCUCCCUGGCAAACUCUACGACAAGAUGAGCAGAUGAGAGCGGAUAUAUCCCAGGAUGUUGAUCGAUGCUUACAAGAGAAUUUCUUCUUCCGUGAACCCGCCACCAAGGCGAAAAUGAUUGACAUUCUGUUUAUCUAUGCAAAGUUGAACCCGGAUCUUGGUUAUCGACAAGGCAUGCAUGAGCUAUUGGCGCCUAUUCUGUGGGUUAUUCACGGGGAUGCGGUUGAUGGGCAGGUGCUCGAAGAGUCCUCAGCUAAGGAAGAGGGCGAUGAUUUGAUGCUGCAGCUGCUCAACGCUGACUAUGUUGAGCACGACUCUUUCGCCUUGUUUUGCUCCGUAAUGCAAACUACUCGAGUGUAUUAUGAGCAUAACAAGGAACGCUCUGCCAACGGUCAGAUGGAUGAGAUACCUAUCGUCAACCAGUGUCAGCACAUUCAUCAGAAUCUCCUGACGACAACAGACCUCGAGUUAGCCGAUCAUCUACAAGCGCUGGAAAUUCUACCUCAAAUCUUCCUCACUCGGUGGAUGCGCCUGUUAUUUGGUCGUGAAUUUCCCUUCCAAGAUGUACUUUCCUUGUGGGAUCUCCUCUUUGCAGAGGGAUUACGGUCGGAGCUUAUAGAGUUCACAUGUGUUGCAAUGCUCCUACGCAUUCGGUGGCAAUUAUUGAGUGCCGGAUAUUCGAGCGCUCUGACGACAUUACUUCGCUAUCCUUCCCCGCAACCGCACUCACCACAGGCUUUUGUGCACGAUGGCCUGUAUCUGGAGCAAAAUCCCACGCCAGAAAGAGGCAGAUUUCUCAUCUCGAAAUACUCGGGAAAGCCACCCGAUCCUACCAAGACGCUCGAUAGAUCAGGUGAAAGAUUCCUUUCGCUGAGACGGUUCCACUUGCGUAACGACUCCAAAGAGGACAGCCAAACAAGCUCUCCGUCGAGAUCACCCGCGAGGAGUAGUCCCAAGAGCUUCGAAGGUCUACUCCAGGAUUUCUCCGAAGGUCUUCAGCGACGUACUGAAUCAUGGGGUGUAGCCAAAGCAGUACGAGGUGCAGUCAGCGAGGCUAGGAGAAACAUGCAGGCGAUGCAGCCGGAGAGACUCCCGCGUACUGCCCUGUAUGAUAGCACGCCAUCCGCGGUGCAUAGAAGGAAUUUGUCAAAAUCUGAGGAGCCAGAAAGGGUGAUCAAUCUCAAAACUCAGAUACAGACCUUGGAGGAACGAAACAAAUCACUGGCCAAGACGCUCAGUCAAGCUCUGAACGACAUACGGACUCAACUGAUGAAAGCAGAAGAUCUCAAAACUACGACUGCGGACGCCCUGAGACAAGCUCUCGCGCAGAUUCAGUCGGUUCAAACAUGCCUGGAAGACCCUUCCAAGGCUUUGAUCACUGUUGCCGGACGUGAAAAUGCGGCUAAUGAUACCUCUCUGAAUGUCCCUUCUGAGCCUCCAAUAUCCAUGGACAAGGAGGUCCAAGACGGAGGGGCAAAAGAAGGGCAGCAAGCCCCGAGCGAUCCUGGGAGGCCAUCCGUCUCAUCUGCCGCAGUGGAGAAUAAGCUUCAUAAGUUGCCGUCAACCGAUGAACAGCAACGCUCUCAGGAUGAGGUCGAUGGUCUCGCGUUGCGCAGUCUUGGAGGCGCCAAGGUUCAAGCUCAAGGAAGCGACAGCACGUAUUAG